UUCCAACAUUAUACGCAUCCUGAAAAAGUGAUUAAGAAGUAAAUUGUGUCGUUGUUCGGGCAAACGCUCCCCGGACUCAUAAAUAUGACACUUAUCUUAAGAAAAAGUAAAGUUGUAAAGUUAUAGGAACCCCAGCCUUAAAUGACUACGGUGUUCGGGUGUUGAUUGUGGUCACAGUGUGCUGAAGGAGGGGCUUCGCGUGAGUGCAGUCUGAGCGCCCGCCUCUCGCUGUAGUCUACAGGUCCGCGGAUGACUUGAGCUGACAUGACAACGCGCCUCACCGCUCUGCAGAUGCGCCUUCUUUUUUCUUGACCUUUAACGCCAUUCUCAGUUUAUUCCUGACGGAAAAUACGACGGGCUAACCUUUACAGAGGAGGGGAAUAUGCUCUCUUGCAUACCAUGUAGAUGAUCACACAGACAAGAUUAUUAUCAGGAGAGAGAAGACUAGCAUCCUGAUCACACUCUCCUGGAUUGACCUGGAUCCUGAUCACUGUCCUCAGAUGUUUGAUAUUUCCAGAAAGAUCCUCCAGAAAAGAUCUCAGAAUGUUAUGGAAUUUUUCCGGAGAACAUUUUAACGAUUGAGGACUGUAUGUUUUAGGGAUUUUAAUCUAGCAAGGAUUUUUUUUCAGGGAUUUGUUUCAUUGUCUUGCCUCACAAACCAUUGUAAGGUUCACAUGUUCUACUUCACAAUGUGGACACCUGCUGGAGAGUGAAGAAUCACAUAAUUGCAUAUUUUCAUUUUUCUCAAUUAUUUUUUUGUGGGAGAACAAAGAAUACGUUAUAAAUCCCUCACUUCUCUUUGGAUUCUUUUGGGGUGAAAGACAGACUCAAGCUUAAAAUGUCUCGGUUCACCCAGAGGAAAAUACGCACAUUAACAGGACUUUUGUGUGCCAUGACCUUCUCAAUGUUUGUGUUCAGUUACACACUCAGAGAACCCUCGCUGUACUUCUUCAGGUCCGUGCUGGGCUUAUCAGGAAGAACAUGUUCCUGUCAACACUGUAUAACUCACCUUGAUGAUGAAAAUGAUAGCUGGUUUAUGGAACGGUUUAACCAAUCCUUCCACCCACUGAUGUCCAGGAAAAGCAGCACACUCCCAGACGAGACAUACAGAUGGUGGCAGGGGCUACAGGCUGAGGAGAGCCCAUCCAAUCUAACCAUAGUGUUGGACAGAUUAUUCCAGCUGAUCCCUGCUGAGGAACGCUAUGUUGAUGCGCAUCCAGAUCGCUGUCGAUCAUGCUCUGUAGUCGGUAAUUCUGGGAACCUUCGGGAGACCGGUUAUGGGUCCUUUAUCGACUCCAGUGAUUUUGUCAUACGAAUGAACCAGGCUCCAACACAGGGUUUUGAAGAGGAUGUUGGCUAUAAGACUACUCAUCACCUUAUGUAUCCAGAGAGCGCCACCGAUUUAGACAACUCCACAAGUCUUAUACUCAUUCCCUUUAAAACUCUGGAUCUAGAGUGGAUCAUCAGCGCUCUGACUACAGGAGACAUCUCAAAGACAUAUGUACCAGUCAAGUCAUGGAUCAAAGCCAAUAAGGGCAAGGUGUUAAUCUACAACCCCAGUUUUUUAAAGUAUAUAUAUGACUCGUGGCUAGAGGGUAAUGGGAGAUAUCCAUCCACUGGAUUCCUGUCUCUGAUGUUUGCAGUUCACAUUUGUGAUGAGGUGAAAGUGUUUGGAUUUGGUGCUGACCAGGAUGGAAACUGGCACCAUUACUGGGAGGAUAACAAGCUGGGAGGAGCAUUCAGACAAACAGGCGUCCAUGAUGGAGACUUUGAGUACAACAUCACACUGCUCUUAGCAGACAAACACAAGAUCACACUCUACAGAGGAGGUUGAGCUCACACAUGGAAUUUUCCACAAAGCCUUAACAGAACAGAAAUACAGUACCACAAGACAGGGGCCAUUUGAGCACUUAUUACCAUUUAUUUAAGGAUUGAAAGCUUUAGAGAUUUGAUUUGAUUUGAUUUUUUUAUUGACUUUUAAAAUGAAGAUUAAAAAAAAAAAGUUUGAUGGUUAAGAAUGAUUAAAUGACUUUGAGGCUGUUUGCAAAUGUUGCCCAUAUGAUGCAGACAUGGAUAAUAUCAGUUUCACUCAGUUUUAUUCAUUGUGAUAAUAUGAAUAAUAUGCCAUGGUUA